AUGAGUCUCUUUACAAGUCCACCUCCAGUUGUAAAGCGACUUAUAAGUUACAUCAAAGAAGGUUCAGACAAAGAAGAAAAGUGGAAGGAAAAGGCUGUUAAAUCAUUAGUCAAGAGAUUAAAAAACGGGACACAAUUGGACGAGUUGGAACGUGCUUUGGUUAGCCAAGAUCCAUCUACACGCUGUGUUACAAUACCUCGUUCAUUGGAUGGACGUCUACAGGUUGCCCAGAAAAAAGGUUUACCACACGUUUUUUACUGCCAACUUUGGCGAUGGCCAGACCUGCAUACUCAGCACGAGUUAAGGCCUAUCGCUACGUGUGAAUAUUCUUUCCAAUCAAAACGCGAUGAGGUUUGUAUCAACCCUUAUCACUAUCGAAGGAUUGAAAAUCCAGUUCUCCCACCAAUUAUGGUUCCUCGUACAGUUAACAAUGGGACUUCCGGAGUCAAUAACGACAACACACAUCGUGGUGUUACAGAAUCAUCUACUGAACGUUAUGGAAGAGGUUCAUCUUUUGGUUCACAUCAUUCUCGAUACUCCUCUAUGCACAAUCAGUAUCAACAAGGUCUUCAACAACAACAUCUAAAUGCUUUACAGAGUCAUCAUCCUUCCUCUGCUGGACUAAAUGAUUCUAUGAUAAUGGGAGAUGAUUGUGGUUCAGAACCAAAUAGUUUAGCUGCCCUCCUAGCUCCUCCAUCUAAACAACCCAGACAACAUCUUGCUACAGAUGCUGUAACAGCUGCUGCUCUAGCCAGAGGUGAUGCACUUGACGCGUAUGCUGUAGCAAGUCGAGCAAUAGCUGGUUUAGAAAAUGUCGGAAAUGUACUCGGUGGGACGCAUCCACCAUGUGUGAGCCUUCGUGAGGCUGCUGAAAAUAUGACUCUGGGUGGACCCCCCAAUUUAGUUGGAACGCCCCCAGCUCCUCCUCAUACAGGCUAUCAAUCGUCUCUUAUGAAUGUAGUGUCCAGUCUUAGCGGUGAUGGUCGUGAUUUCGCUCGCAGUUUAGGUGUAGCAAAUCACAUUCACAAUGCUACAACGAGGUCACUUAGUAUGGGUGAUUAUCCAAUUCCUGUGUCUGCUUGCCAAGAAGAUCGUUCUAACGAUUCUCAGUGCCUAGGUCCAAAUGCUGAUAAUUUGAGUUCAAGUUUUAUGGGUCAAUCAUCAUCAGUUUCUUCAUCUACAACUCAGAAAGCUCCUAGUAUUGCUGGUGCCGGCCCGUCAAUAAACUCUCCUGGUACAUUGUCAUCAGUUGAAGAAAAUUGUAUCAGUGAAGAUGACAAUAUGGAUCUAGAUAUGUUAAGUGAUGUUCUUAUUGAUGGAAAUGAAAUGACUUCAGUAGCUUAUCAAGAACCUGAAUAUUGGUGUUCAUUAUAUUAUUAUGAAAUGAAUACUCGUGUUGGAGAUACAUUUCAUUGUUCUAGUCCAUGUUUAACUGUUGAUGGUUUCACCGAUCCAAAUAGACAUAAUCGUUUCUGUUUAGGUCUAUUAUCCAAUGUGAAUAGAGGACAUCAGAUUGAGCUAACUAGAAGGCAUAUUGGUAAAGGUGUUAAACUUUAUUAUAUUGGCGGUGAAGUGUUUGCAGAAUGUUUAAGUGACAGUGCUAUAUUUGUACAAUCUCCUAAUUGCAAUUAUAUGUAUAAAUGGCAUCCAGCAACUGUAUGUAAAAUUCCACCUGGAUGUAAUUUAAAAAUAUUCAAUAAUCAAGAAUUUGCUAAUCUUCUUACAGAAAAUGUAACUAAGGGUUUUGAAGCUGUUUAUUCACUAACAAAUAUGUGUACUAUACGAAUGAGUUUUGUCAAAGGAUGGGGUGCUGAUUAUCGCCGACAAACUGUAACUAGCACUCCGUGUUGGAUUGAAAUUCAUUUAAAUGGACCUCUACAAUGGCUUGAUCGUGUCCUUAGUCAAAUGGGCUCCCCAGAUCAUCCUUGCACAUCUGUCAGUUGA